AUGGAGGAGGAAAGCGGAGAGGAAGCUGGGCUGGAUCGGCCUUCUGCUCCCAGGGACUUCCUCUUCUAUCACAUGGACCUCUACGACUCUGAAGACAGGGUGCAGAUCUUCCCAGAAGAAAACACUCGGCUGAGAAGAGAAGUGGUUGCAGUUGGAAUGAGCCAGGAGUCAAGAUCAGCAGUAGAAGGCCAGGCUCAGAUAGACCUGCCAGAGGGGGUGGAUGAACUUGCCCAUUUCUACGGACUCGAAGAUGCUCAGGAGUUAGGAGAUGAGUUUGUUGGUGAGGACACACUCAGGAGGGGGUUUUUGGAGUACCCUCCUUAUUCGAUGAAGAGGAAGGAGCUGGCCAGGGAGCAGAGGGAAUGGCGAUUUGGUGGCGACAUGGCCGAGGCCGAAGACUUGAGCUAUGGAGGGUGGGGCUCGAGAGGUCAGUGCCAGGAUUUGCGGGAAGCCUACAGGUACACACGUGGCCGGUCCAGCGAGGAGUACGAAUGCUAUGUCAUCCCGGAGGAGGACGAUGAGGAAGAAGCUCCCGACAUCUUUUGUGUCACUUGCAAAACUCCAGUCAGAGCUUCUGAGAAUGUUCUGGAUGCACACAAGGAUCAUGAGAUGACCCCACUCAGUAAAGCCCUGGAAAGCGCCAAGGAUGAAAUCCACAAAAACAUGUUCAAGUUGGAAAAGCAGAUUAUCGAGAUGGAGAACUUUGCAAGUCAUCUGGAGGAGGUGUUCAUCACCGUGGAGGAGAAUUUUGGGCGACAAGAACAAAACUUUGAAUCACAUUACAAUGAGAUCUUGGAAACGCUUGCUCAAAAAUAUGAGGAAAAAAUACAAGCUCUCGGGGAGAAAAAGAAAGAGAAGCUGGAAGCCUUGUAUGGACAGCUGGUCAGCUGUGGAGAAAACCUUGAAACCUGUAAAGAACUGAUGGAAACGAUAGAGGAGAUAUGUCAUGAGGAGAAGGUGGAUUUCAUCAAGGAUGCAGUGGUUAUGGCUGACAGACUUGGGAAAUUUCUCAAAACAAAAACAGACGUGGAACUUUCUGCCCAGCCUGACUUUGAAGACCAGACCUUGGACUUCUCGGAUGUGGAGCAGCUGAUGGAUUCCAUUAACACCAUCCCUGUUCCUUCUGCUCCAGUGAUAAACCCACAGGCCCCAAACUCAGCCACAGGGUCUUCAGUCCGAGUCUGCUGGAGCUUAUACUCCGAUGACACUGUGGAGAGCUACCAGCUGUCCUACCGGCCGGUGCGGGAUGGCUCGCCCCGGGAGGACAAUGCAGAGUUUACAGUGACUGUCAAAGAAACCUAUUACUCAGUGACAGACCUUGAGCCCAAUACCCAGUAUGAAUUUUGGAUCACCGCUCAGAACCGGGCUGGCACCAGCCCUGCCAGUGAAUGUGCAGUGUACAUGACAGCACCUUCUCCCCCAAUCAUCAAAACCCAGGAGAUCAGGAGCUGCGAGGAGGCGGCGUUGAUUUGCUGGGAGUCUGGGAACCUGAAUCCUGUGGACUCAUACACAGUGGAGCUGACUCCAGCAGACACGGCGGGCGGCUCGGGUGUCACUGAGUCUGUUGUGGGCAUCCCAACCUGCGAGUCGCUGGUACAGCUGCAGCCCCGGCAGAGCUACACCAUCUAUGUGAGAGCCCUCAACGUGGGAGGACCCAGCGAGAGGAGCGAGCCUGCCACAGUCAGCACCACAGGCAGCUAUUUCCACCUGGACAAGGACACCUGCCAUCCCGGGCUGACCAUUUCUGAAGAUGGGUUUACAGUUGUGCGAAGUGAAAGGAAAACCCCAGCAAGACAGCUGCCUGCAAGCAACACCCGGUUUACCAGGUGUGUUGCUGUCAUGGGAAAACUAAUUCCAGUCCCAGGGCGCCAUUACUGGGAAGUUGAAGUGGAUGAGCGUUUGGACUACACACUUGGCGUGGCCUUUGACGAUGUCCCUAAACAGGAGGACCUGGGUGGAAACUGCCACUCGUGGUGCAUGAGGCACACAUUUACAUCAGCAAGACAUAAGUAUGAAUUCCUACACAACAAGACGACUCCAGAUAUAAGAGUAACGGUUUCGCCAAGGAAGAUCGGUGUUCUAUUAGACUAUGAAAACUCAAAGUUGUCAUUUUUCAACGUGGACAUUUCUCAGCAUCUAUACACAUUCAGCUGUCAGCUUUACCAAUUUGUACACCCUUGUUUUUCUCUGGAAAAACCUGGGAGUCUGAAGAUCUGCAAUGGCAUUUCAAUGCCAAAGCACGUCGCUUUCUACUAG